AUGAAACAGAAGAACAAGAUGUUAGUGCUGGCAUGCAUUACAGUGACACAGUCAUUACCUUUUCCUAGUCCAACCACGAGACCGCCUCCUAAACCAGUGGCACCAGGGCAAUGCGGCGGUGCUUUAGUGGGCCCAUCCGGGAACUUAGCAUCUCCUAAUUACCCUGGUAACUACCCCAGCAACGCUUAUUGUGUGUGGACCGUAACAGUGCCUCCGGGCUCACAAUUCAGGAUUGACUUUCUCUUCUUUGAAACAGAACCUUGCUAUGAUUUGGUUAAAGUCUAUCAGGGAAGGAGGCUGAUCCGUCGUCUGACACGAGGAGGAGAAUCUGAGGACGAUAAAUAUUUCAAGGAUAAAAACGAUGAUAACGAUGAUGACGAGUGUGAUGACGAUGAUGAUGAUGACGACGACGACUACGAUGACGACAACGAUAAAAAUGGAAAAAGAAAUUACAUGUUUGCCGAGCCUCUGAGAGCAGACAGAAAAGCGAAAGUCGUCUCUGUUCAUGGUAAUGGGGAACCCGUGAGAAUUGUGUUCAAAUCCGAUCCAUGGGUGACAAGGAGAGGAUUCUUUGCCCACUACACUAUGGGGAAAGCCCUUUGUGGCGGUCCUUUGGCUCCAGCAUCCGGGAACAUUACCUCUCCCGGUUUUCCAGCAAAUUAUCCGAACGAUGUUGAAUGUAGAUGGACUAUCAGAGUUCCUCUUGGAUCCACAUUGGUUUUAAAUUUUCGGGCCUUUGAAACUGAGCGGUGUUUUGAUCACGUCAAGAUUCUCCGUGGCUUUCGAGAGAUACGUAGUUUAAGUGGCAUAUACGGGGCUUAUUCGUGGUUUACAGGGAGACACGACGAUUUCUUAGACGAUGAUUGUGAAGAUGACGACGAUGAUGAUGACGAUGGCGACGACGAUGACGAUGAAGACUGGAAGAAAAAAUUCCGUUUUGGAUUCGGAAUGACAAGAUUUUAUGGUUUUCCAUUCCUGCCUCGAGUUUACAUCCUGGGAAAUGGCGAACAGAUAUCGGUUAAUUUCAAGUCCGACAAGAUAAUCACCUUCAAAGGAUUUGAUGCCACUUAUCGAGUUGUACGAGGUCCAGUGGAAGGAAAGUGAUCAGUGAUGCCUGUAGAACGAACACUUUUGAUCAAUGACGUGAUAAGAUUUCUCUCGAUGUUUAUGUCUCUGCCCUUAAAUAUCGGUUGUUCUUUGUUCGCUUUUAUGUGACCUUCAAAAGUUUCUCUUCCUACAUGUUGUUGACAAUAUAUGUUGAACUAAUGUGAAAAAAACAACUUUUAUCCAGUUUUCUUGCAUAUGAGAUUUACGCGACGUGCGAGAUUUACUGUCAAAGUUUUCAAUCUGGAAAUAGAUACCACCCUUCUUGUAAAAUUGUUGAAAGAAAAAGGGCACAGUAGAGAUGUAACGUGCAUUGUAUUCAAACUCAAAUGAGUAAUAAAAAGGCAACUUACAGCGGC